CGCUCGUCGCUCUCAACUCUCGAGCUUGUUUUCAUGGAUCCGGACGCCGCACAAACCGCCCGAGAAUCUCUAGAUCUGGCAUUUCACAUGUCAAAUAUUCUCGACACGGGACUUGAUCGGCAUACUCUCUCGGUCCUCAUUGCCCUCUGUGACUUGGGUCUGAACCCUGAGGCUUUGGCUGCUGUUGUCAAGGAACUCCAAAGGGAACCUACACCCCAGGCUCCGAUGCCAUCUUCUUCGUCACCGAUACUUUAACCAGGUUUCCCAUUUUGCUGUUUUCCAGUAAACUUAGGAGUAAUGCACAAGAAGUUCGAGUUUGAUUUGUUUCGACUUAUGUCUUGUAAUAGAUACUUGGGUUUCUUAAUUUCGAACACGAUUGUGCUUGGUAUUCACCUGAAUGUGUAUUCAUUUUAAGGCUCCAA